UAUCUCUCUGCAGGAGGAGGCUUGUUAAUUGGUGGCUUGUAUUGGGUAAGAGAGUGAGUAGUGAGUAACACCACUGCAAGAAACAACACCAGCAAGUAUUUGGGAGGCAGUUUAAUGCUCUCGGGAACUAAACAGAGAAAGGAAAAGGAGAUGAGGAAGGUGAACGCGUGAAUGGGCUAGAGCCUAUAACAGCAGGACAAGUGUCCUCUCUAUUGGCUUUUUUGUAUGCCAAUAAUACAUAUACAUUUAUAUCAAUGCAAGAAGAAUCGCACCUGCUGAAGAAGAUAUGCUAGUUGAUGAAGAUGGUGAGUUUAAGGCAGAAGUGAAUUCGAGUAGCUAUGGAAAGCGCCCAAGGAGAUCUGAUCGGCGUAAGCAACAGGUCUCUUAUAAGGAAAAUUUGAGUGACGAUGAAGACUUCAUGACCCAUUCAAAGAAAACCAAGGCGACGGGAUCAUCCUGUGCCAAUGAAGAGAAGUGCAGAAAUGGAUUGAAGGACAAUUUAUUUAAAAAAGAUAAUCAUUCUGGUGUAGCUUAUGUGAAAGAUCUGAAUGAGGAGAACCAAAAGAAAGGUCCAGAGAGUUUUGCAAAUGAAUUAAAGGACAGCAAGGAUGAAAAGAGAAAAGAAAAAGCAGAAGAAAAUGGGUAUUCGGGCUUAGAUCGGCACUGAUGGGCCUCCGUUUGUUGCCAUCAGAGCUGACAUGGAUGCUUUUCCCAUUCAGGUUCCUAUCUCCUCUUCUCGUAGUUCUAUGUAGGCAUGUGUCUACAUAUGCAUUCAUCUCAUGCCAUGUCAUGUGCAUGAUAAUAUAACAU